CCCGGGCCCCUCGGCAGGCUCGAGGAGGGGUUCAAGGAGGUCCAGACCCUCAAGGACGCCGUGGCCACCCUGCAGAAGUCCUGCCAGGACUGCAGGUUGCAGGCUGACGAGCACCGAGACGCCCCGUUGCCCCCCAGCCCGGGAUCCCCGGGGGAGGACGGCCACCUCCGCGUGCAGGACCUGGAGAGCCAGGUGCACGAGCUGUCCUCCCAGCUGAAGGGCGCCCGCGAGGAGAUCGACGUGCUCCACCGACGCCUGGAGAAGCUGAACCUUGUGAACAUGAACAACAUCGAGAACUACGUCGACAGCAAAGUGGCCAACCUGACCGUUGUGGUCAACAGUUUGGACGGGAAGUGCUCAUCCCAGUGCCCCAGCCAAGAACAGAUCCAGUCCCGGCCCGUUCAACAUCUGAUAUACAAAGACUGUUCCGACUACUACAUAAUAGGCAGAAGAAGCAGCGAGACCUACAGAGUCACACCGGAUCCCAAAAACAGCAGCUUUGAGGUGUUCUGUGACAUGGAGACACUGGGCGGGGGCUGGACAGUGCUGCAGGCGCGGCUGGAUGGCAGCACCAACUUCACCAGGAGCUGGCGAGAGUACAAGGCAGGCUUUGGGAACCUCCGGCGUGAGUUCUGGCUGGGAAAUGAUAAGAUUCACCUCCUGACCAAGAGCAAGGAGAUGAUCCUGAGAAUAGAUCUUGAAGACUUCAGUGGUGUCAAGCUGUACGCUGUGUAUGACCAGUUUUACGUGGCUAACGAAUUUCUCAAGUACCGUCUACACGUCGGCAAUUACAAUGGCACCGCCGGGGACGCCCUGCGUUUCAGUAAACACUACAACCAUGACCUGAAGUUCUUCACCACCCCGGACAGAGACAAUGACCGCUACCCCUCCGGGAACUGCGGGCUGUACUACAGCUCGGGCUGGUGGUUUGAUGCUUGUCUUUCCGCAAACUUAAAUGGCAAAUACUAUCACCAGAAAUACAGAGGGGUCCGAAAUGGGAUUUUCUGGGGCACCUGGCCUGGGAUGGGGGAGGCACAGCCUGGUGGCUACAAGUCCUCCUUCAAAAGGGUCACAAUGAUGAUUAGACCCAGGCACUUUAAGCCUUAACACCGGUGCUCAUUUCUCCAGCAUUUACGUCUAAUAGCAUGAUCCACACCUUAGGUGCUUUGCAGUGUGCCUUCUUUCAGAUUCCUUCUCCACAGCCAGCAAGUCUUUGAGCAUAGGUCAUGUGCUCCCUGGCACUUGAAGUAAACCUGAAGAUAUUCAUUUUAAAGACUCCUCUCUGUUGCUGUUAGCCAGUGGAUGCUUAUAAGCAAUGGAAAUAUUAGAGUCUAUUUAUAAGCCCUUUGGCUUUCUAUUAAUUAGAAAGUUCUUUAUUAUUUGUUCUACUUUCUAUUAUAAAAAUUGAUUCUUCAGCAUGCUAGAACCUACACAAAGCCGUCUCCAUUUCGGCCGUGGUUAAACAUGCACAUUUGAAAAUA